CUCUCUCUCUCUCUCUCUCUCUCUCUCUCUCUCUCUUCAAUGGCGUCUGUGAACCACCAGGACAACAUCCCAGGCGCCACUGGCACCGGCGCGUCCAAGAAAUCUCAGGCGCCGGCGAAAACCGCCGAUUCCCAAUCCGUUCUCAAAAGGCUUCAAUCCGAGUUGAUGGCUCUAAUGAUGGGUGGAGAUUCGGGGAUAUCUGCGUUUCCUGAGGAAGACAACAUAUUCUGCUGGAAAGGGACCAUCAAUGGAAGCAAAGACACGGUUUUCGAAGGGACUCAAUACAGAUUGUUGCUCUCUUUCCCCAAUGACUAUCCCUUUAAGCCUCCCAAGGUCAAGUUCGAGACUUUCUGCUUUCAUCCCAAUGUCGAUGUUCGCGGCCAUAUUUGCUUGGACAUUCUUCAGGAUAAAUGGUCUUCGGCUUAUGAUGUCAGAACCAUCCUCUUAUCGAUCCAGAGUCUUCUCGGAGAACCAAACACAAGCUCACCUUUGAACCCCCAUGCAGCGCAACUUUGGAGCAAUCAAGAAGAAUAUAGGAAGAUGGUGGAGAAAUUGUACAAGGCUCCAAACGCUUAA